UCGAUCAAUCGGUCGGUCGGUCCCCGUAGGCGGCCGGCGUGGGCCUAGGCGGGCUUCCCCUCCCGACCGCAGAAGAAACAGCAGGGGCGGGCGUUCUUACCUCUAGGCCGUGCUUGCGGUCGGUAACGGGGCAGGGGGCGCCGGUCCGGUCGCCGGGAAGGGCUUCCCCAGGCGGGCGCCGAGGGCUCUGUCAGGCUGGCGGGGUGGCUGCCGUGGGCCAGGCUGGGCGUGAGUCUGGUCCUCUCGCACAUGUGUAUGUCUAAUAUCAUUGCCUGUUCCAAUGUCACGGUUAAUUUGGGACCAAAAUUCUGAUGCUGUGAAGAAGCCUGUGGUUGUGAUGUCGGGGGGAGCUGAGUGGUCUCAGCGACAUGUGAAGCCAAACUCUGGCUAGCCCAUGGAAAUGGAGCAUCAAAUUGUUACAGGGAAGGGCUCCCGAGGUGGGAGGUUUGUCUGGGCUGUGUUUCAUGCCAUGCAGUUUAUUGUUAAUGGUAGAUUAGGUUUUAGUCAGUACUUACAGAUGGUAUCCCUCAGGCAAAGAGAAGGUUUCAAAUUCCCGUGUUUUCCUAAAGAAAAAAUGAGCUGGAGUGCCCUUGUCAGUCACCCUGAACUUUCCUUUUUUUGUCUGUCCACUACACAGGCUGUAAGAUUUCCUUUUCUUCACUUAGAUAGAUAUUUGUUCAGUAUAAAUAAAUGCUGCAUUGCAGCUUUUGAUGGAGGCAGCUGGAGACUGUAGGACGACACAUGCCAGAGUAAGUCCCAAUCCCCUGACACACCUGCAAGAGGUAGAACCCCGCGUGGCAAAGCGGCGCCUGUCACAGGCACGCCACCGGGCUAUGCUGGCAAGACUCAUCAGCAGUUUGCGGGAAGCUGUUUUAUCCCAGUCAGACAACUCGGCCUCAAAGUAUCAGGUUUUGCAUAAGGCUAAGAAAUCUAUCCAGAAGCUGGAGCAAACCUUCGGUCCUUCGCUGAAGAUGAAAGAGUCCUUCAGUCUGGAGGAUGGGAACACAUCCACCUUGGAGGAAGUCAGGGAGGAAUAUGUCAAGAAACACAUCAGCAAUCACAGCACUGCAUCAGUCUCAGAAGCUGUGAGUGAGAGUGACUCUACCGUCUGGUAUUUGAUUCAAGAAUGUGAAAAACAAACAAUGGGAGAGGAUGGGAAGCCAGAAUUUAUCCUGUCUCCAGACACUUCAUCCCCAGAUCUGGUGGAAUUUGAACGAUACCUGUAUUUUUAUAAGCACACAGUGGACCUGCUGAUAGAGCAUGGAAUUGUUUGCACUGAGGAGGUGCCUCUUCCUGAGGUCUCCACGGCUAUUUCCCACCUCUGGCAAGAGCUUUCUGAAGAAAGGAGAGACAGCAUCUUGCAGUACUGUAGCCAGAGAGAUUUCCUCAUGGAUCCUGAGGCCGCUUGCCAAGAGCCAGCGUGCAAUGAAGGUAGUGUGAGGGACAGCGGAGGUAACAGUGAGGAAGCCAGUGGUUCCUUGGUCUCCACACCAGAGGAAGUAAUGUUUGAAGAUGCAUUUGAUGUUGCUGCUGGUUUCCUUGACAGAAGCGAGACUCAGGGAAUGUCUAGCCAGAGUUCAGCAUUUGCAAGCUGCACUUCUGAAAAUCCAGAGGAUCACCACAGACUCUAUCUGCAGAUCACUGACUUCCUAAAAAGCGUCUUCUUUGCUAAUACACAGUUUUGCCAGGAAGAAGAUCUUCAGUUCGAUUAUGAGACUGUGAUGCUGAGGUGCACUGAGACCUUCGAUGAUGAAGAUUUCUAAACAGUAUCUCUGUUUGCUAAUGCUUUGCUAAGCAUUGCUGAGUACACCAGGCACGUGAAGAGACUGCAGCUCUUUCAGUGAAGCAUCUCUCAGAGCAGAGUGUGGAGACACUGUGUUAGUGGUUUGUUACCGUUGACUUCCCAUUCCCUCAUCAGUACUUCUUGAUACAUCAGUUGAGUAAUUUAUACCUUUAAAAGUUACAGGGUUUAGAUAUUUAUAAAAUAUUAAUAAAUACUUU